GUUCCGGGGAUCCUCUACCACCGAUUCUCCCAGAACCACAUAUUCCUUUUCCGGUUCUUUGGAUAUUCUCCGUUGCAUGAACCCAAUCCUGCCUCUCGCCCAUUGGACCGUCUCGUCAACUUCGAUAUUUCAGUCGGACAUUAUUCACCAUCUGCUCGCAUUCUUUCCAAAUACCAGACUACCCCGCUAGAUAGCUGGUCACUAACCAUACCAUCGCGAAUGGCAUAAAGCUCUCUUCAUCGCCCGGAUCCUUUUUCACAUAGCAUCGACUGCCAGGUUGCAUCAAUAUGGCUGAACUAUCCUCCCAAUCCCCCAGCAAGCGGAACCUCUGGAUCGUUCUUGGAUCCUGUCUGGGUAUCAUUGUCGUCGCAAUCAGCGUCACCGUCCUGUGCAUCUACCGCAAACGUUCCCGACGAGUUUCCAUUUUCAGUCAUAGAUCCAUCACACCCCUCGACGACGAGGAGAUUGAAUCAUGGCGAAGGCCGAGUCAGUACACCCGACGCUCCUCACGAUACAUGGGCAUGCCCAAGAAACCACUCCCAGUCGCCAUCAUCACUACACAAUGCACCUACGAAAAGGACGAACCACUCAUCGACCGUCCAUCCACAGCGCAGAUGCCGCAAAGCCCAAACUUCUCCAGACCAAUGUCUGCCCACAACAACAAAUCCACAUAUCCACCCAGCAGACGAAGGGGCUCGAGCAUCUACUCGCAGGACAGACCGCCCACCCCAUACCGGCCGUCCAAGCACGAGAGCAGCAGCGACAUUGCAACUCCCCCUUCCCCAAACACCACCUCGGUUCAGUCACACCGACAGUACCCGUCCGUAUCUGAGGUGUCAGACUUCGAUUUUGACCUGGAGAAAUCAGCCGCGCAGUCAGACUUCGAAAUCCGUGCUGGACAAUGGACGCAAGGUCGGCGGCACUUGUGAUUUUUUUUCUCCUUCCGUUCCGCAUCCUGCAUACCGAGGCCGCAUACUUUGCAUAUAUACUGAGGAUGGGGAAUCCAUCAUGUUGGCACCUUGUCGCGCAUAUUCAAAAGAUACCCACUUUUUUUGCCUUGUUCACAAACAUACACACUUUAUCUCCUAUCAACCUGUCGCACAAAUACACACACAUGCAUACAUACAUAUAUC